CUCGCACCCACGCCCACACCCCCCCCCACACCCACAUCCACACCCGCCCCGCAUCUUACAAUAACAGACAAUAGUAUGCAAUCAUCAUGAUGCUUACACUUUCUCGGUAGAGUUAUUUUUUUUGUUUUAUCUCAAAUAUAAGUCAGAGAAAAAAAGAUCACUAUUUAUCAUUCUUAUCAAAUAUCGACACACAAAUAUUGAAUUAGUUCAUAACAAUAAAACAAGUUUUUUUUUCUGAAUAUGAAAGUAAUUUUUCACGUAAAACAUUUUAUCAUGAUUGCGCAAGUAGAUAUUGUUCGAAACGAAAAUUUCUUCGAUGUAUAUAAGAGAAAAUCGUCAACAUAUAAAAAUUCUCGAAAAAGUAAAUAAUCUUUUUCAAUGACGUUUGAUAUAUAAGAUGAAAAUCAUGAUGGUCAAUUAGAUUUCAAUGAAUAUAUUGAUGAAUUAUCAACCAUAAUCGAUGCUAGUUGUUUACGUACAAUUGCAACAGUCUUUCAUUUUUUUGAUAUUCAUAAUCAUGGUUAUAUAACACGAAAAGAAUUUAAUUCGCGAGAAAAAUUCGUUGCACAAUUUCUUGAUCAAUAUAAAAUAAAUAAAUUCUUAUAUGAACAUGCAUUUAAUACAAUGAAUAUAAAUAAAGAUGGACGAAUAUCAAAAGUUAUAUUUAUUUCAUGGCAUUUGCAAGAUCAUUCGAUAACGGAAGAAAUAGAACCUUCAAACAAUGAAUAA